GCUCCAGACAAAAAACGCGUCAGGUCUCAGUCAGAGUGACUGCGAGGCGCGGAGACGCAAAGGACCCGUACGUCGCCACCGGGAUAACCGUGGACCAACAUUUGUGUGAUUUGUCUAAGAAGGCCACUGCACGGAAUUUAUACGACCAGACACCGCUCACUUCACCAUGCAGAGACCGAGCGGUCCGGGGACGGCGUUUUCCAUUGAUUCUUUGAUUGGCACUCCACAUACGCGGCCGGGGCACCUGCUCUACACGGGCUACCCAAUGUUUAUGCCAUACCGGCCGCUUAUGAUUCCGCAAGCCCUGUCUCAUUCGUCGCUACCAUCGGGUAUCCCUCCUCUGGCACCCUUGGCAUCCUUCGCGGGGCGUUUGACCAACACUUUUUGCGCAGGGUUGGGACAGGGGAUGCCCUCCAUGGUGGCGCUCACCACCACGCUACCAAGUUUCUCGGACCCUCCAGAUAGUUUCUAUCCCCCGCAGGAGAUGCCCGGGCCCCGGCUAAGCGCGGACGGGACGGGGAUCAACAGACAGGAGAGCCCACAUGAGGACCUCAAAGGCGCGGAUCUCCUGAACUUCUCGGAAACUUUUCAGGCGGUUGCAGGCGAAACCAAAUUGUACAGUUCAGAUGAUGAGAAACUGGACCUGAAGUCCACAGAGGCUGCGUGCAGCGACAGAGAGGACAGCUCGGCCGACAGCGAGAACGAAAGUUACUCCGACGGGAACACCUGCGGAUCAGCAGUCCAGAAAGGCAAACUCAAGCCCGGCUCGGACCCGUUGCCCCCGGGCGCAUCGGCGGGUAAGAGCCGGAGGAGACGGACUGCUUUCACCAGCGAACAGCUACUGGAACUAGAGAAGGAGUUUCACUGUAAGAAAUAUCUGUCUCUCACCGAGCGCUCUCAGAUCGCGCACGCACUCAAACUGAGCGAGGUCCAGGUCAAAAUCUGGUUCCAGAACCGCAGGGCCAAAUGGAAACGGAUCAAAGCCGGCAACGUCAACAACAGAUCCGGCGAGCCCGUUAGGAACCCCAAAAUCGUGGUGCCCAUUCCCGUGCACGUCAACAGGUUUGCGGUUCGAAGUCAACACCAACAGAUCGAACAGGGCACCAGGCCAUGAACUUCUCCAUUAAAAUGACAUUAUCCUUUAAAAGAACAUUUACACGAUCCACAUUCCUACAGGUGAAACGGGACAAAUGCAUGAAGAAGGCAAUUCCCAAUAUAGAAGGACUUCUAGGUAACACUUCAUGCGCUUUCGUUCAUUACAGAGCCAUUGGAAACACCAGGAUUAUACAAUGCGUAACAGAUACUCGGUCUAUGCGCACUCAAUUCUGAAUAUAUAUAUGAAUAUAUAUUUUAUGACAUUUUAAAGCACAUUGACCACAAGUGAUCUGUUAAGCAUUUUAAAGCAUAAUAAUUGCGUUUGUGAAUGACACUGACAGUGAAAGUUAUAAAGUGUUACCGAGUUUAUCGUAAACCUUUAUUAUUUUCCAAGGUUUAUUUUCUCCUCUCUCCUAAUUUUUUUAUUAUCUUUAAUUUAUUGCAUUGUACAUUUGUAAAUAUGAAAUGUGUCCACGCGACACACAUGUGCACUAUGAAACAGACUGUAAAGAGACAUUUUUAAAAAAUAAGUAUUUAUGAGUUCCUGUCUAGUGAGAUUUUUGCAUGUGUGGCCAUUUGUUGUCUUAUUUCCUCUUUGUUUCAACCGUUUUGCAUGUGCUCUUAAAAGCAUUUUUGGCCCUUAGAGGCUUCAUUUCCCCAAUUAUCUGUGAAAAAGGUGAUGGAAAUAAUAAAUAAGCUACAGAACACACUGGCAGAGUGAUAUAUUACCAUCGGCGAGAAAAUAAAUAAUCACAGAAAUGGUGCUUUAUUGUCAAUGCUAGCUUAACAAUAACAAAACAACUUGAAGCAGUAAUUCAGUAACAUGGAAAAAGUUAUAUUUAAUGCAUGUUUGAAUAAGCUGUAUAGUUCUUUUCAGCUUUGUAAAAU